GUUGCCUCGGUACGAACAGGUAGACCGCUCAAUCCUCGCUGCGUGGACCCAUUCUGGAACACGUCUGGCAGUGGCACGCACACAUACACACAGUGGAGGGAAACUGAUCACAGGCGGACCGGCUCCCGCGCCUCGUUGAAUUGUGUGUUCUGGACUUGGUCUGAACUUUCUUGCAUAAUUAAUUCAAGAAAGCUAGGAAAAGUGUGACUACAAUAUUUUUUUUUUACAGUUUUAACUCUAGCCUUUAAAAAAAAAAGUAAAUUGUAGAUAUUUUGUAUUGUGAUACAACUUCUAAAACAAAGCGAAACACGACAGAGGCGAUUGUAGGUCACUGGAAUACAAGUUUGGACUAGCGCUACAGGUGAUCAGCUGUAGGUUUAAAAAGUAAAAGAAUGUCACUUGAGUUUUAACUGAAGCCGAAGAGAGAGAUAGAGAGUUCAGACACAACAUCACCAAGAGAGAUAAAAAGGACAACAAAAGAACAAACUCUUCACACUCAAUGAUCUUCUACACAGACAGCUGACAACAAUCGGAUUCUCCUGGACAAAGACAAAGUUUUCCAGCCAGUUCACUUCUACAACAUCGAAACUGAAGUACCCAGUCAUUCUCGUGCAGGAAGCACCUGCCACGGCGCCCCUCACUGUCAUGUCCGCAGCAGCGUCGCUUGCCAGUCGCCUCCAGCAGAACUGGAUGGCCAAGUAUCCUUACGACUCUUUACAAAUUGGCGGGAACCUGGACGACAGUUUGACCAGUCUCAGCUGGUUACAAAACCUGAAGGUCUCGGAAAUGACGCAACCCAGGCAGAACUCUAACAGCUACGGCUACGACGGCAAUAAGAACUUGAUCAAACAAGAAGUGACAUCCCCUUCUGUCUUGACUGUCCAACACACCAGACCGGAUUCACGGGUACCAGUUGGAGAAAUAGCGCCAUCAGGUUGCCUUCCUGAGGGAGUUGAUUACAAGAAUAACCCGUAUAUUAAACCGCCAUUUUCUUACGCCAGUUUGAUCUGCAUGGCCAUGAAGGCGACCAAAAAGAACAAGAUCACCCUCUCCUCUAUCUACAACUGGAUUACAGACAAUUUUAUGUACUACCGUCAUACCGAGCCUAGCUGGCAGAAUUCGAUACGACACAACCUGUCCCUAAAUAAAUGCUUCGAGAAGGUUCCACGUCGAAAAGAUGAGCCAGGGAAAGGUGGCUUUUGGCGAAUCAACCCGGACUACUGCGACAUGGUGGAGAACGGCGUCUUCAAAAAGCGGCGAGGCAGCCGAGAAAACAUUCCAUCGCCACCCGUCAAGCGACUCCGACAGGAAGACGAGGACUACCUCAGCGUGGUCGGGCUGAAGAGCAGCACCAGGGAGGACAAGUUGCUAAGCAACGGUUCAACAAACUUUUUUGGUGAGGAUGACGAUGAGGAAGAGAACUCUCUAACUUUGAGGGAGGAUUUCAACUGGACCUCGAUCCUAAGUCAGCAGAUCAACAUUGAUGGGAGAAGUAUUAAAACUGAGCAGAUUCUGGACGACACUGAGUCAUCUCCCUUCUUAGCGCUCAGCCCGCCCAGUUCUGAGACCAACUCGGACGAUUUGGGUCUGGAUGAUCUCUUCUCCACGAGCGAUACUUUUUCCCUGCGGCCUGACUUUCACACCAACGAUCCCCUGGACUUGACCGUUCACGGCGUGACCAUCAAGCCCCCAGACUGGUGGAGCUCCGACGACAACGCCUUGUCUAGCAGGAGGAACAACAACACUACCACCACCAACAAUAGAGGUCUCCACACACCCAGGUCACAGACACCUGAGCCAGAUCACUCGGACUCCCUCUGGGGAGACAGCCUAGGUUUAGGAUCGAGUGGUAACCAGUUCGAUAUAGAAAAGCUGUUUGAGUUUGGCAUCCCGAGUCCACUAAUGUAACAAAAUACAUUGAGCCCAAAACAAUUAGACAAUGUAACAUUAAAUGAUUUAAUUUAUUAAUUGAGAUUAGUAUAUUUCCAAGGGAGACCACAACAAAACCACAGCAUGAUAGUGAUGUCUAGAUAAGCUAAGUUCUAGACAUUCAGCAUGAUAGUGAUGUCUAGAUAAGCUGAGUUCUAGACAUUCAGUAUGAUAGUGAUGUCUAGAUAAGCUGAGUUCUAGACAUUCAGCAUGAUAGUGAUGUCUAGAUAAGCUGAGUUCUAGACAUUCAGCAUGAUAGUGAUGUCUAGAUAAGCUGAGUUCUAGACAUUCAGCAUGAUAGUGAUGUCUAGAUAAGCUGAGUUCUAGACAUUCAGCAUGAUAGUGAUGUCUAGAUAAGCUGAGUUCUAGACAUUCAGCAUGAUAGUGAUGUCUAGAUAAGCUGAGUUCUAGACAUUCAGUAUGAUAGUGAUGUCUAGAUAAGCUGAGUUCUAGACAUUCAGUAUGAUAGUGAUGUCUAGAUAAGCUGAGUUCUAGACAUUCAUUUUGAUUGUACAUAAGUAUUACAAUGGGUGUUAUCCGCACUGACCCAUAUUAUGUAUUUCCUUUGUAACUGCAGCCGUAAUGUGUACAAUGCUAUUAUAAAGUAAUGAACGCAUGAAUUAUAAAAAUUGCAGUGUUAGAUCCAUUUAUCUAACUGAGCAGAGUUACAUACUAUUGAACAGAUUCGAGAUGUUGGCCAGGGUGUACGCCUAAUAUGAAUUUGUUACUUGAUUUGUGUGUGGUGUUUUUAUUAUUUUUUUACUGGGUUUAAAACACUGUUAUUUUUAUAUUUUAUUAAAUCAAUAUUAUCGUGAAGCAAGUUAUUUAAUAAGAAACAAGCCCAGAGCUAACUAACGGUCCACAACACAAAACCUGAUAUGUUUGAAUAGUGGCUUAUGAUUAGAAUUUACUUUGAUCAAUAAUUCUACGGGGUGUGCUGAGCUGUGUUUUACUGAUAGUGUGAUUCUCAAUACAUGAUGACACAACGAUUAAUGCCCUAAAAGUUCCUUGCAGUAUUAUGGGAGAAAUAAAUGAGGAAUGUGAAAUUGUUCCCUCUUGCUAUACAAUGUACAUAGUGACAUAUUUAUUGUGUGCUUUUUAAUUAUUGAAACCAACAGGUUUCUACAAGACCCUAAUAGUAUGUAUAUCUUUUCGUGUAUUAUCUUCAGCGUGUAUGUGUACGUGUACGACUUUAUUUUUAAUCAAAUGGUUUAGUGUCUUAUGCUUUAAAAAAAAUUAAAUGUAAUAUAGUUCAUUUAUAAUUUGUAAAACUUCUUUAGAUAUUAUAGCCUUUAAUUAGUAUGUAAUGUAUAUCUUUUUUUUUUUCAAAAAAUCUGCAAAGCUUUUCGAUAAUUAUGAGAAAUAAUACAAUGAAGAAAUGAAAUUCUAAAAUUAACAAUUAUUUACAACUUGAUAUAUCAUAUCGUUGAAAUAAUUAUUAUUUGGCAACUUUCAUUGGCCUCCUUCAGUUGUAGAACGACUAUGGUUCAUCUCGAACACUUUUCGUGUGGAUGUGGAGCCCUACUUUGGAGAGACACUCCCGUCCACAUAUAUUGCCCUACUUUGGAGAGACACUCCCGUCCACAUAUAUUGCCCUACUUUGGAGAGACAUUCCCGUCCACAUAUAUUGCCCUACUUUGGAGAGACACUCCCGUCCACAUAUAUUGCCCUAUUUUGGAGAGACAUUCCCGUCCACAUAUAUUGCCCUACUUUGGAGAGACACUCCCGUCCACAUAUAUUGCCCUACUUUGGAGAGACAUUCCCGUCCACAUAUAUUGCCCUACUUUGGAGAGACACUCCCGUCCACAUAUAUUGCCCUACUUUGGAGAGACACUCCUGUCCACAUAUAUUGCCCUACUUUGGAGAGACACUCCCGUUCACAUAUAUUGCCCUACUUUGGAGAGACAUUCCCGUCCACAUAUAUUGCCCUACUUUGGAGAGACACUCCCGUCCACAUAUAUUGCCCUACUUUGGAGAGACAUUCCCGUCCACAUAUAUUGCCUUACUUUGGAGAGACACUCCCGUCCACAUAUAUUGCCCUACUUUGGAGAGACACUCCCGUCCACAUAUAUUGCCCUACUUUGGAGAGACACUCCCGUCCACAUAUAUUGCAGGUCAAGGUGGCUUUCGCUUUGGUGAUAGAGGAGCUUGCCAUUUUUAGUAUGGCACGCUUUUCUUCCAGAGCUGAGGUUUUGUCCUCCAUCCGAUGAACAUGUCCGAGCCAGCGCAGGCGGCGUUGCCGGAGGUCUAUAAAGAUGUUGAGAUGACCCGUUCGCGCUGAUUGUAUUUAUAUUCCAGGUAUCAUAGAGGUGGGUAAAGUAAGUUCCCUUACAGAUUUGCGGUCUAUACGGCUGAUGAUGUAAAGGCCAUCUGUUUCUGUGGCCAGCGGUUUACGACGGUGAACUGUGGCCAGCACAAAAAAAAACAA